AUGUCGAUUCUUGGUCAAAGUCUACCAAUCAAGGGUCGUUUGGUAGUAUGUGGCUUACCAAGAACUAGUACAACAUUACUCUACAAUUUACUAGCCUGUGAUACGAAUUGUCGGGCACCACUGUACACGUAUAUAUGUAUUGAUAUGGUACCAUCGAUUGUCAUAUCCGAUUCUAUUCAACAACAACAACGAGCAAAUACAAUGCUCUCGUCUACAAAAGAAAUCAAACAUUUCGCUGACUAUCAAAGUCAAAUGGCUGAAGCUCAUCCAUUUCUUCCGAUUGAAGAAGACUAUCUUAUUUUACGUCAUACGAGCUAUUUACCCUUCGUCACUUACAUUGGUAUUGACAACGAAAGCGAUUCAGACACCUGGCUGCAGAAUGAGAUGUGCAAAGACUAUGCUUGUGAUUAUCAUGAAACCGUUUUGCGUAUGUUAAAUUCGGUCGAUAUGCCAUCAUCACAUUGUCGAGAUCAAAUUACAAAACGAUAUUGUCAAUUAACUGAUCGAAUGAUCUAUUGUAUUAUGAAGUUUCAUGAAAGUCAAAAGCAAAAAGUUGAUUCAACACGAAAAGUUCUUUUCAAUAUGACUUAUGAUAAUUUGAUGAACAAUCCUAUUGUUGUUGUUCAUAGAAUAUACGAUUAUUUUGGUCUUGAUUGGUCGACGAAAUUUGAAACAGCAAUGCAAAAGUGGCUUACAGAAAAUCCUCAAGGAAAACAAGGCCAUCAUUCAUAUUCCCAAACAGAUUUUGCUUUAACAUGUGAAGAGAUUGAAACACGUUAUGCUGAUUACACGAAACUUUUUCUCUCUCAAUGA